AUGACGACGGGGAACACUGACUACGGUCAUGUCACCCUGAUCAACUGCGUGUAUCCGAUCUCCGGAACCUACGGUCUGCUCCCCCGAUUUCUGUACUAUAUUACGCUCGUCUUUGCGAUUUUCGGGCGGCGGCGGGAAUGGCUCAUCAUCGGCGCUCUCGUCAGCGCGUUGACGUACGCAGGAACGGCAGCGAUUCAUAUGAUGGCACUAGUCGCCAGCAAACAGGGAGUGUUUGACCUCGACAUUAUGACAUGCUGGGCGGUCCUGAGCACCGGUGCCCUCGCGUACAUUGGCAUCAUCCAUUGGAGCUCGACGCUGCGGGAUUCAAGAGCAAGAGUUGUCAUGAUCUGUUGGGGAGUAUUGGUCGGCAUUGCGCUGGUCUUCGGCCGGACCGAACUCUUUGACACUGUAUUGAGCGAUGCGGAGCCUGCCUGCUACUCUUCGGAAGGAAAGCUACUGGAAUAUCCCGUCGAGUUGAUCAGUCCGGAGUUCAACUGCACUUACCAAUGCUUCUCCUUCUCCAAACCCAUGAGACAUGGGUCCGAGAUCCAGGCGGUGCCGCGCCAACUUGUGCAGAACAAAUAUUCCAAUCUGACAUAUGUCCUGGUCGGUCCCAUCCAAUUCGCGGCGUAUGCUGCGUUAAGCAUGGAUACCCAGAGCCACACCCCGUCCAUGCUGUGCCAGAGGCUGGUGAUGAGUUACCUCGUCCACCCUGGCCAGCAUGAAGAGAUGACCAAGGUGGUCUACAAGGCGUCCAUGGAGGGGUGGUACGGAGGCUACUUUGCGCUGCUCGGAUACAUUCGCCGGAUCAGUCUCACUUGGAGGAAGUUCUGCCUGUGCAGCCUCCUCAUCCCCUGGUUGUGCCUAAGCCUUCUGAUCGACGUGCUGUGUCUACCGCUUAUGGUUGCAAAUAUCGUGGUCAACGAAGUCACUCUACUUCAUGGCAAUUUUCCAGUCAACGAGUCGAACAUGGCCAUAGGCCAGUGGGGGCCUGUUGUUAACUCGCUUCUCGUGGUGAUUGCUGCGUGUAUCAACAAAGUGCUGGAGAUGUAUGAGAAGCGGCGCAAGAUCAACCAGCUGGACAGCGUCGUCGAAGAAGUGGCAUCGAUAUCUGAUCACUCUUGGGAUGAUGUGGAAAGGGGAAGCGUGGGCGUCAAUGGAGAGCAGAUGACAGGCGUAGUUAAGCUGAAUCUGGUGCAUGUCCAGACUUUGCAGGACAUGGAGGAUUUGAUGAAGCGACCAGCGACAUAA